GUACCCACUCCUGAUUGAGGCCGUAUCCUACUACGCACCAUGCUCUCUGGCUUGCUCACCCCACUCGACUGUGCUGUUGUUCUAAUUUCUUUCUACUUUCUCAAAGCCUUUAUAUCCUCUCGGAAGAAAAAGCUGCCGUCUCCUCCUGGCCCUCAGGGAUGGCCCAUCUUGGGGAAUAUCCUCGACAUUCCAAGGUCCCUGGCUUGGGUGAAAUACAAAGCCUUGGGGGAUAAGUAUGGCGACAUAAUGUCUUUCAACGUUCCAGGGCAAACCGUCGUGGUGAUCAAUUCUAUUCGGAUUGCCAAAGAACUGCUCGAUAAACGUGGACAAACCUGGUCAAAUCGACCUACCAUCCCAUUAAUACACCUGAUGGAAGUCGAUAACUGGAACGUCGUCAUGAAGCCCAAUGAUGAAAUCCACCGCCUCGAACGUCGCAUUGCGGACCACGGUCUACGACCAAGUGCCCUGACAGCAUAUCAUUCUACACAGACAUAUAGAGUGCAUGAGAUGCUUAGGGCCUUCUUACACACUCCGGAUAAAUUUGUCCAUCAUAUUGACUUCAUGUUGACAGGAAUCAUCUUAUCCGUGGCCUAUGGGUACAAUAUCACGAGAAUGGACGAUCCGUAUCUGGCCAAGAGUCGAGCUUUGAACAGUGUCAUUAUUGCGUCUAUUGGGCCGAGCGCUAGUCUCGUGAACUUAUCCCCGUCUUUGAAGUUCCUCCCGACAUGGUUCCCGGGCAUGGGUAGAGCUCGGGACACUGCACGGUGCAGACAGCUUGGGCAAGAGAUCCGAAACGAACCCUUCGAUCUCGUCAAGGAGGAAAUAAGGAACGGAACCGCCAAGCCAUCACUUACUAGAGAUAACUUAUUGACGCAUGGCGACAUGGAUAUACUGUCAGAGGAUGAGCAGAUCAGCAUUAUGAAUGUUGCCGGAACGCUUUAUGAAGCUGCCGUUGAUACCGUCAGUACUUUCACGGGCUCAUGUUCGGCAUUAGGUAUGACCGGAACGCUUCUCGCCACCUUCAUCCUUGUCCAAACAAUAUAUCCUGAAAUUCAGCGUCGUGCACAAGCCCAACUUGAUUCUGUCGUCGGCCGCGAAAGGUUGCCAGGAUUCCAGGACCGAGAUUCUCUACCAUAUAUCGAGGCGCUUUGCAUGGAACUCAUACGAUGGAGACCAUCUUCCCCCCUCGGUAUACCGCAUGCAACGACCGUGGAUGACGUGUAUGAAGGCUACUUCAUUCCGAAAGGCUCCAUGAUUAUUGUGAAUGCCUGGGCAAUGCUGCAUGACCCCACGAAAUAUCCGGACCCAGAGUCCUUCAAUCCGGAACGAUUCCUUACGCCCUCUGGCCAGCUCAAAGAAGACCCCGACCUGACCGUUGCAUUUGGCUUUGGUAGAAGAAUUUGUCCCGGCCGCUUCCUAGCUUCAAGUAUAACGUUCAUCACAGUGGCCUCCGUUCUUUCUAUGUUCAAUAUCGUACCCAUGAAAGACGAGGCAGGGAUCGAAAUUCCUGUCAAAGCUGAAUUCACCGUUGAUUCUGGGAUGCUCAGCGUUCCACUGCCAUUCCAAUGCUCCGUCACACCAAGAGACGAGAAGGCUGUCGCGUUGGUCAAGCUGACGGCGGAGAAAGACACAGAGAACGAUUCUGCAUGA